UCCCGACAGGCAGCGCGAAUUUUGAAUAAGUGCACGAAGCCGCGGUCGGUUACAAACACCACAGAAGAGCUGAGCGCUAACGAAGCUAACGCUAACAACAACGACGCUAACGCAGAUAUUUACGUCUAAAACCCAGUCGGGGUUCCGCUUUAUUUCUGCAGAAGAAGAAUGAAAUGUCUAAAAACGGAUGAUUAUGUCCAGAGGAUAUCUUGUGCAAAGGACACUGUGAUUCUUCAUGAUGAGCUGAAGAAACACGUGAAGGACGGCCUCGGACCGUUCGGCCGGACGGCGUGCGAUCGGAUCAUCCGUGCCUGCAACCAGCGUCUCGGCGGAGGAGGAGCUCUAGAUCCAGAGCUUCAGGAGCGCCUGGUGGAUCUUGUGGAGCUGGCCACGUUGGGGUAUGGAUCUGUUACAGAACAAGGAGUACAGUGUUCCUCACUUUAUCUGGAGAAGAUCAUCUUCCACAUUCUCCAGAAGCUGGUGACAUGUGAAGCUCAUGCUGCUGCAGGUCGACUGGGGGAGUUCAUGUAUGUCAGACUGCAGGGAGCAUCCUUACAGGCUGAAGACUUCAGUGUUCUGGUGCGGAACUGUUUCGCCGUCCUGUGGAACCGCUCGAGCGGUGCUCGGGCCUCCAGCCUGUCGCCCAGAGAGCGACUCGUUGGGCAGCUGCAGGCUUUGCGUUUCCGUCUGUUGGAGGAAACGUCCUCCACUUCGUCUAAGGUCCCUCUGUUUGUGGAGGAGGCGCUGAACGAGUACGAGCGUUCGUGUGGAAGCUUGUCUCAGGACGAUGCUGUGUUUUUGCUCUCCGAGUUCCGGACACGUUUUCUGAGCUCACCGGUGGAGCAGGAUCACGCUCCGACUCAACCCCUGCUGGCUGUGAGGUGUGAGACAGUGGUGAAGGUGUGCAAGCCGCUGUGUAAGAACAGACUGUGGGACGCAGCGGCACGUCUGGUGGACGGAUCGCUGGAGUACGUGCGGAAGCUGGCGAAGGGGUUGUGCCCGGUGCUGGACUUGGCGAGUCGGGCGGUGCGACUGCAUCGAGACUUCGGCUCCGGUGGGGAAUGCAGCAAAGUGUUCACAGACUGCGCUCAUAUCCUCAGAGCUCUGCCUGAUGUUCUCAGUGAUGCAGAAAGCCAUGCCCUGUUAGAGGCGUGUCAGCUGGUUGUCUGGGUGACAGAAACAGGGCAGACAAAAGGGAUGGGCGGAGCUACGCUGCUGGCCAGCUUUUCCUUUUGGGAGGAAUAUCAGGAGUUUCUAAUCAAACAGCAAAAGAGAUCGUUUUCACAGCAGCUGCAGUAUUCUCUGUGCUUCAGUCUAUACCAGGGCUUCAUCAGCACAUACGACAGUUUACACAACUCACAGGACUCGGUAGUUGAACAGUUGGACAGAAUUGUGUUAUACUGCCAGUCUACACUGGGACGCAUGAUGACUGAACUUCGCACACUGUCCAAUGACGGCUUCUUCCUGAAAGCUGUGUGUGUGGUGAACAAUGUGGUGUAUGAGUUAUUUAACAGGAAGCUGUAUACGGAAGCCUACGGACUGGUGGAGAUCAUAUGCCAGGAGCUGAGUAAAGACUGUCCAUCGUCUUUCCCUGUGGACAGAGUGAACCGCUGCUUCAUGCUAGCAGUGCAGUCCAGUCGGCGAGCAUCUCAGCUAGACCGAGCUCUAGAUUGGGUGGUGCGCUGGAUUCAGGUUUUAGGUUCUCGAGUUCUGGAUCAUCUUACAGAACCGGUGUCACUGUGGGUCAAAACCAAGUGUGACGCUGCCCGAGCCGGUGAGGAGGAAACACGCCUCAGAACCCUGAGGGACGGCAUGGGGACAGCGACCGUGGACGAGGAGGUGUUGCUGCGUCUCCUGGAGGAGGAGCUGCGGAUGUAUAAAGAGCAGAGCGGAGACACUGCACAGGAGCGCUAUAACACACUCUGUGACCUCCUGGAUAUCUGCCAUGAGGAAACCACACACACUCUCCGUCGUGCCUCUUAUCUGUGUGAGAUGGCUCAGGUGGUGUGUUACAGGGACUUCAGCGAACAGACCGACUGUUCUGCAGGUGAUUUUGUCCAAGAGGCUCUGCGCUUGUUGGAGGAGGAGCCAGAGACAGCGGAGAACUCUGAUAGGCUGAAGGAUGAAAAGGCUCACGCUUCUCUCUGGCUCUACAUCUGCAUGCUUGAGGCCAAUCUGCAGGAGGCGGUGGACACAGAGAAGCGUCUGCGUGCAGUGCAGGAGGGCAGUAAGACAUCUGCUGGUGCUGAUCUUGAAGCGAUUCCCACUAACGAUCUGGAGUAUGAAGACAAGCAGAAGGUCCAGGAGAGCCAGCUGGUGUACGAUGGACUGCGCUUCAAUUUGUCUGACCACAACAACCGCAUCAAGCCUUUAGAUAAGAGUUUAUCCCUCUGGACGACUCUACUGAAAAAAGGCUCAGUACCUGCAGUGAGGGACCCAAAACACACUGCCAACUCCAUCCUGCUAAUGGCUGCCCUUUAUACACUCAUGGGCAAGUCCCUUCAGGCUCUGGAGUGUUAUCAGCUGGCGGCGUCUCUCCUGCGACUCCUCGGUGAUGUCCAGAACAGUGCGACUGCUUUGUUCCAUGCUGCUAAACUCCUCCUGGACUUGGGCUCUCCACAGCUCGCACAGGUGCAGUUGGAUCAGGCACAGAAUUGUUUAAAUACAGAUACAAACUCUGAGGGAGCGAAAAUCCUGUGUGUCACUAACACACUACUCACAGCUCAACUGUGCUAUGCAUCAGGACAGGUGGAAGCAGGUGUGCACAGUCUGUGUGAGGUGUUGAAGGAAACUGCUCUGCAUCACUCUAAAAGCUGGUACAUGCUGAAGGCUCGAGCUCUGCAGACUGCCAGCGCUUACCUCAGUCUGGACACAAGAAUGUUGCACACACACCUGCGGCAGACCAUCGUGCAGCACGGUUUAAAGACUCCAGACACUGCUCAAUAUGAAGCACUGAAGCUCCUGUGCAGUCUGGUGAUGAUGCUGCUGGGUAAUGGCUUUUACGGAGCUCCUGCUGUCAACACGGACACUCGGUUUGUAGAUCAAGGAGACAGUGUGGUGUUUAAAUGGCUGUUACUCAGUGAGGUGCUGCUCUGCUCUGAGAGGAUGGUGCGCUUGAGGUGCAGCGGUGGAACAGCUCAUGAAGCCAAGGCUCAGUGCCUAGAGGCCCUCAAACUUGCCACAAAACUUCACACACUCAGCCACUGUGCUGAGUUGUUAGUGUUGAAGGCUGAGUUGGAGUUGAUGAAAGGUGCAGGUGAAGCCAGUGUAUUGGAUCUGGAGCAGGUCAGACACUUACUGGAUCUUUGCACAGAUUUUGGACAUCAGCAGCACCAGAAGUCCAAGAUGAAGAUAAAACCUCGUAAAGGUCGACCGGCUGUGAAAGCCUCUGUCCAUGAGAUCCCUGAGGAGGAAGAGGAGGAUAUACGUGGGCUCCUAAGUUCUCGCUCGUUGGGCAGAGAAGCUUUAGAGGAGCUGUCUGAAUUGGGGCAGGAUGCGUCGCCCCCUCUGAAGCCCAAACGGCAGCGUGUGCUGUCCUGCCUGAGCCACACUGAGUCCUGCACCUGUCCCUGCUGCACUGAACCUGGACUGGCUCGAGUCAGCGUGCUCUGGGCCCUGGCGCAGGCCGACACCCAGAGUGAGGCGCCAAAUUCACGCCAGCUUCGCCAGAUCGCUAAACUGCGCUGUCACAGUAUCGGCAUAAAGCUCCAAGCCCGCUUGGCAACACUGGUGUCCGUUAAAUGUCCGGAAAAGCCGUGCUUGCUGCAGCCAGAGGUUGUGAGGGUGCACCUGAGCACAGUGUUAACAGAGCUGUGCUGUAGCGUGGCUGAGACGGGGAAAACCGUCGCUUUGUGGGACGAGAUAGAGGCAGGACUGGAGGCUGUAGAGCCCAGAGGAGCACUGUUACCCGAGCUGGGGCCUCUGAAGGCGGCUCUGCUGGUGGCAAAAGCUGUGGCCUGCUGCUUGGCUCUGGCUGGAAAGAAGCAGUGUAGCCCUGAAGAGCUCUUAUCCUCCAUGUGGGGCUGGACUCCUCCAACAGCUCCUAAAAUCAAAACACUGGUUAAACCCAGAGGAAAGAGCUCCAGCAGUGACAAACCUCUUCCAGCCACUGCACCAUCAGCUAAGAACCUGACGGAGAGCAAACUAGAGGUGUGUGUAGAGCCAGGGCGAAAAAAAAAAUACAGAAGUUGCUAUCGCUUCCUCAAAGAAAGCCAAGAGCUCCAUGCCAAAAAUCAUCACCGCAAAGCCUGCUAUGGUCUUCAAAACCCCCCGGGCAUCUAGAACCCCCAGGCCCAGGUCCGUCUCAGUCGUGACUCCGGCUGGCAUGGCCACUAACCUGAGCGCGUUUGACUUCACCAAUGAGGUACCUGAUAUUACAGUAAGCUCCACCCCUCUUCCUGCAGCCAGGGCCACACCCAGUAGCCGCUGUGGGGUCAUGAGGUCAAAGGACAUGUCAAAGUGUUCCUUCCAGGUUUUUGAAGAUUCAUCACCUCUGCAAGAGAAACCUGUACCAGUUCCAGCUGCUCCAAAACGGACCAAACGCUCACGCUUUAAGGUGGAGUUUAGUGAUGAGAGCGACACUGAGGUGGCUGAUGCGCCAGAGACAAAAUCAGACAACAAGCGCUCCGUGUCUUCUGCACCAAAACACACCUCUAAAAGCCGAGCUGAGGAGCAGAACCGGCCCAGACGCACGAGAACCACGAAGAAAAGCACCGCCCUCUGUCCCAGCGGUGCCUCCUCUGAGGAAGACACGCAACUGCGACGGGGACGAUCCAGAAAAGCUCAGAGCUCCGAUGUUGUGGAGAAACCGGAGAAGAUGAGG